AUGGACCCAUCACUCGAAAGUGAUACAUCGGAAAAAUGCGGAUACAUCAGAGCUAUCACCGAGCCUGAGCCUCAGCAGAAAGCGCCGCGGAAGAGGGGAAAGGCAGGCAAAGCUCGUAAGCCAGCCAAGAAGACGCCGGAUCCUGUGACCCCAGCUCAAUAUCCCAUACGCGUCUCCGAGUUUGUAGAGAUGGCUGAACACAUUGCUUCAUUUGAUCCCAAGAUCGAAGUCCCAGCUGCGCUACAAAAAGUUUUUGACCGAGUGAUCUUAGCUCGGAGCAAAGUGGCUAGUUGGUUCGAGAGAGGGCACUCGACCGAUUACGUCAACAACCACAGGCACUCCUACUUUAUCACCGUUCUGGAAAAGGCGGCAAAACUGCUGAAGCCUCUGAUACCAGAGACGCCAGUAGUUUCUGAGAACAUCAAGCUACAAAACAGGUUCGCCGGGCUUACGGUCGAAGAGACGGACCCACUGGACGAACUCAUCACCGAAGUUAAGGAGAAGCAAUUGCCCAAAGUCGACCCUAUCCCGAUUGAGCAAGACGAGGAGAGUCUCGAGCACGACUUCUUCUUCGCUAUCGCGACAUUUCUUGAGGAGAUCUACGACGUGCGAGCAUGGAUUGUGCGAGAGUGGGAUGAAUAUCGGCAGACAGGUGAAGGUCUCACACGCGCGGCAGUGCUUUCCAAUACGGCCGUCGAUCUGGUGCGAUCUGCUGAGAAUCAAUUCGAUCAGAUGCUCGUUCGUCCCAAGAAUAACGCAGACAAAAUAGCCCUGGAGGUCUUUGAGACCCUGGAAUGGGCUCAGUUCUUCGACGUCGCAAGUCAUCCCCAUCUGUCUCAUUUCGCUGUCGACGAGACUGCUCGGGGUAUCAAACACAUGAUAACUUUCAAAGAGAUUCCUAUAUGGCUCACUGUAGCGGUACAGAUGUUCUUUGACGUUGAGUCGGUGUUUCAAGAGGAGGGCACGCUUGCUGCGCCUUUUCGCGAGUACAAAGAGACUGUUCGUAAAGCCGCGCAGGAUUUCUCUAAAAUUGAUCCUAUCUCCAAAAUUGAUCCUAUCGAGCGGCCAUUCAAGGGAUCUGCGGAUUCCGACAAAAAGAUAGCCUCGCUCUAUCAGAACAUGCGUAACAUCUUGAGCGACCAUCAAGACUACGCGAUUCGUGAUCGCUGGGGAAGAUUCAUCCGGAAGAACAAGGAGGACAAGCAUGAGCCACUGAGUAAAACUGUAGACGAGCCGGAUUACGUCUUGAAAAGGCAUCCGAUCCGCUGCGGGCUUCUGAAGUACGAACUACAGCUACAGCUUAAUCACAGAGCUUACAAAAUCGAGCAUAUGGCGGGCGACAUCCUUUACAUGGCCUGGCUAUAUGUUGCGGUAAGCCGGAUACUGCACCCGGAAAUGCCCCGAUGGCCUGACAUGGAAUAUCUACUCAACGGUCGACAAGACAAGCUGUUCUUCGGCGAAUGGCCAAAGACUCUCGACGAAGUGGGUAAGAAGAUUGAUCUCGGACGCGGCUACUCCAUUGCCAACAAGGCGAGCAAUCGGCGUUCAAAGAAGGACACCUGGGACAACAAGCAACUGCGCCGACUCGAUGACCCAACUGUGAUCGGAGAACUGUUUUUGAAGCGGAUGGGUGCGGAACCCAAAUCAACAGCAGAAGCCCACGAAUGGGUGAUGAAGUUAGUCAGCCUGGUGUGCAAGCCAGAGUCGCAGAAGAUAUUGGACCGACAAGAAAACUUACCCCAAGGUACUUACGAAACAUCGGAGUUCUUGAAGUCCGUGGAAUUGCAACGCAAGCCCUUAGCCUUGCUCGGAGAGAUUCGCCAGUGGCUCCUAGCGGAUGAAAACGACCUGCACUUCGACUGGUUCGGUAUGUUGUCUACCUGUACAGACAUCUGGAAGACAAUCAUGCCGGCAUUUCGCAAGAAUCCCGUGUUCAAAGACGACCCUAACAUCUACAACUGGAACGUUAAUACUGUAAUCACUGUACUCAAGACAGAAUCUAUCGCGCAAGACAUGGGUACGCCUAUGCCAAUCUUUGAGGCAGUUUGGGAAACCUUAAAGCAGUUCAUCCAGAUCCCAGUAUCAAAGGAAAGCGGCAGCAAAACAUGGAAGGGCGAUCUACAUUUGGCCAAGCUUGUAGACGUUUGCAACCCUGCGAUGACGUUGAUGAACCCAGGGCCUGUCAGCUUCAUGAAUCUCUAUGCAAACUGGAGUGAUGAAGACAAGAGAGACUCUCGUGUGGGCAGAGCAGUUUGGUAUGCAAUGCAGGCAUUUGGUGGUAGGACCGGGAAUGAGAAGAACACCAGAGAGAGCGUGAAAGAAGAGACAGAUGGUGAAGAGUCAGUCAGCGAGAUAUCAGCCGCCGAGGAGCCUGUCGACGAGGAACCAGCCGACAAAGAGCCAGUGAACGACACACCCGCGGAUGAGUACGAACCCAGCGAGCACUCAGGCAGCCAAGACGAUGAGACGGCCGAAAUCGACGAAGCAGCUUCGGACGCUGGUAGUGGCAUCAGUAUUCAGGAAUUCUCUUUGGACCUCAAUGCGCUCGCUAGCCAGUACAAGAACGGCGGCAACAACAUCAUCUUCAUGGGCAACAAAAUGAAAGCGCCGGUAGCCAUUAGUCGCGCGCAGAUGGGUCAGCUACGUACGGCACCCAAUGGGGACUUCGUAUUGCCCGGCGGACCCCCAAGCCGGUCUUCUCGAGUACAAAUGCUACCCCCACGGAAGUCGAAGCGUGUUCGUGGUGUUCGUGCGAUAGCUACGACGGAAGAUGCCCCUGAUCUGUGUGCUUGCGGUCUCAGUCGGUACGGAGUGAGUGUAAGGCCGAUAACGACAAUGAACACCAAGGCAGCGAAAGUGGAGCACCAAUGUAUGGGAGCGCUAUUCGAAGGGAUCGACGUGCCGGAUCGUGAUCUUGGAGACGCUAUCAAGGUGACACGACGCAAAAUUCGAGGUUCGUAA